GCUCCUCCCCUGCGGGCUCCUCCCCCUGGCCGGGAGCUUCAUGCGGCUGUUCUGGCCGCACAGCCUGGCUGCGGCUCCGGCUUGGGGUUCCUCGGGCGAGGAUGGAGCAGUAGCCGAUCCUCCUUUUCCUCGCAGGAAUCGCCUGCAGUGGUACUGACCAUGAGCUCCGAGCGUAGGGAGCAGGCGGCGCCCCGGUCUGACGGAGGUGGCUGCGCCUGUGGCCGCCGGGGCAGCGGCGGAGGCAGCUGGCGCCUCUUCCUGGGCUUCUUCGCGCUCUCGCUUGCGCUGCACCUCCUUACCCUGGGCUGCUACCUGGAGCUGCGUUCCGAGCUGCGCCGGGAGCGGGACCCCGCUCCCACGCCUUCUCCCCGUCACGGGGGGACCGCGGCCGCCCAGAGCUCCUCCGGCUCGGCCCGCCUGCAGCACCUCGCCGAACCCACGGACCGCCGCCAGCAGCUGGCCUUGCUGAAUUUCUUCCUCCCUGAAGAAAAACUGCAUCUUGAAGAAGAAACUAGGCAUGUCCGCCGAAAUAAAAGGAGUAAAAGUAGUGAAGGACCUGAUGGUCCAAGUUCAGUUAAAAACAAGAAAAAGGGUAAAAAGGCUGGUCCUCCAGGGCCCAAUGGUCCUCAAGGGCCACCAGGACCUCCUGGACCCCAGGGGCCCCCAGGAAUUCCAGGGAUCCCUGGAAUUCCAGGCACAACUGUAAUGGGACCUCCUGGUCCUCCUGGUCCUCCUGGCCCCCAGGGACCACCUGGGCUUCAGGGCCCUUCAGGUGCCACAGACAAAGCUGUCUCCAGGGAGACACAGCCAGCUGUGGUUCAUCUCCAGGGCCAAGGGUCAGCAAUUCAAGUAAAGAAUGGUGGAGUGCUCAAUGACUGGUCUCGCAUCAUUAUGAACCCCAAGGUGUUUAAGCUGCAUGCACGCAGUGGGGAGCUGGAGGUACUGGUGGACGGCACAUACUUCAUCUAUAGUCAGGUAGAAGUGUACUACAUAAACUUCACAGAUUUUGCCAGCUAUGAGGUGGUGGUGGAUGAAAAGCCAUUCCUACAGUGCACCCGGAGUAUUGAGACAGGCAAGACCAACUUCAACACCUGUUACACAGCUGGGGUCUGCCUCCUCAAAGCCAGGCAGAAGAUUGCAGUGAAAAUGGUCCAUGCUGACAUCUCCAUCAACAUGAGCAAGCACACGACUUUCUUUGGGGCCAUACGGCUAGGAGAUGCACCAACAUCUUAGAUGAACUUGGCAUAUACAUGGAGUCUCCCAGAACUGCACAGUGCUGCUUUUCAUAAGAAUAUGAGGGGGUUCUAUAAUCCAGCCACAAAGAAAACUGAUCCAGAGCUAUUUAUUUCUUUACGUGGAUACAGGAAGAGCAAGGUCACCUGUGAUUUGCAUGGAGACUUGUAUUGGAAAGGCAGUUGAGAAAGCAUUGUGAAGAAGAAAGGCUAGCAUGUCCUUUCUUGCCUCAGUGUUUCAAGUAUUACUGCACUGAUAUUCUGCUCUGUGGUCCUCACCAGAGAUUUCUGAUGAGAAUGAUAUGGGUUUCCUGCUUUUAUGUUGCACUAGCUAUAGCAUCCAUGGCAGUGGCAGAAGGCGAGAAAAGACAGACUUUCUGAUGAGUUGUUCUCUCUAGGCACUCAUGCACUGCUGCCUUUGCACACUGAGGGCAAGAAACCUGUGGGGUUUCUCCACCUACGAGGGAGAGUUCUAUUUUAGGGCAAUGACAUUGCAGUGUGAAAGGUGACAAUGCGCCCUAGACAGUGGUGUUCAUCCUCUGGGCUGUAAGAAUAAGUAGGUUGAGUGCUCCUCUACGAGGCUUGGAAGCAAGGUGCAAAUGUAAUAAGCAUUGAUGAGCAUUAAAACAUAGUCACAAAAUAAAAUGAUACCACAUAAAAAACUCUCUCACCAUUUUGCAAGCUCAGCAUUGAGAUGCUCUAGGCAGCAAUGACCACGAGAUGUUUCGGUGCCACUGGUACUUUUAAGCUCCUGCCAUGUGCCCAAAGGUUUAAGUUGCUCUAAUGGGCACUUCCUGGAAGUGGUGGUGUUGCAAUAGCAACUUGUAAUUUUACAAAACUAACUUGUUGCAUGUGAGGAAAUAUUUACAUAGGCUUCAUAGUGCAGCCUGCUGCAAACACGGCUACACACACACACACACACACACACACACACACACACACACACACACACACACACACACACACACACACACAC